CACAUUAUGUCAAUAAAUAAGAUUGUAAAUUAAGAUGAGAAAGAGACCAUCCAUAAUCCAUGUCUUCUUCUUCAUCUCCUUGAUCAAUAUUAAUCUUCUUUAAUUCAUUAUGUUUUCAUGCUACAAGAACACUAAAAAGAAUACUACAGAAGAAGAAAAGAAUGGUUUCUUUAUUAAGAAUGGGGGUGCUGUGUUAGAGCAAACCAUUCGUUUGUUCAAUGGAAAAUCCAAUCCACUCCGUUCAUACUCGUCUCAACAACUCAAGAACGCAACAAACAACUUUCAUGAUAACAGAUUCAUAUACGAAAGUGGAUUUUACAAAUUGUACAAGGGAGUAAUUCAUGAUGAUGAUGAAGAUUGUGAAAUUUGUGUGAAAACUUACCAUGGUUUUUUAGAUUUAGAAAUGAUUGCAACUGAAGUUGCAGUGGGAUCACAGAUGAGCAACCACAACAAUGUUUUGAAGCUCUUGGGAUACUGUCUUGACACAGAGUUGCCUAUGCUGGUAUAUGAUCACUUCCCUAUUCAAGGUAAACUCUCUCGUUUUCUCCUCCAAAGAAAUAAAGAACCGCCACCACGGCUGCCAUUCGAGACCAAGUUAAGAAUUGGGAUUGGAGUAGCCAAUGCAGUUGCUUAUCUCCAUCAUGGUCACUCAAAGACAUUCAUUAACAGAGAUAUACAUAGUAGACAAGUGUUGUUAGAGAAAGACUACGGUCCCAAACUCUUUAAUUUCUUUGCUUCAAUUCCAAUUCCUGAAGGGGAAACUCCUGUAGAUGCUGAUGUUUUUGGGACUUACGGGUUUGUCUCUCCGGAGGCAGCUGUUCAUGGGCGUUUUACAGAAAGGAGUGAUGCCUACGCCUUUGGGGUUCUAUUGUCUGAGUUAUUGACUGGAAAGAGUUGGCCAUAUAUGGCUGAUCCUGCUACUUGGAUCGAUGGUCCCUGUGCCUACUGGUUUGAUGCUUGGAAAAAUGAGUUGAAGGUCAAUACAUUGAGAGAAGAAGGAGAAGAAGAAACAAGACUUCAAAUAAUGGAAUGUGCCAAGCUAGUAGAAAUGUGUAUCAAAGAGAAUGUGGAUGAGAGACCAGACAUGGUGGAAGUUGCUAAAGCUCUCAUCUUUAUCAAAACCAACAAAACCCUUUUACCUUAAAUAUAUAUAUUAUUCUCUUGUCUUGUUAUAUUGUUACAUAUCUUAUUUUGAUAUGACUUUGUUAAUAAUCCCCAAUUUUUGUUUUCAUUAUUUUAGCUGUAAACGUCUGUUUUUAUUUCACCUGUUUUGAAUUAAAGUCAGAAUCAAUAUAGUAUGUUCAUUGAAAUUUGGAAA